AUGGACGAAUCACCCACAGAUUACAAUCAAGAAAGCCAAUUUAACUUUCACCAUUUCAAUCAAGAGUACGAUUUUGGAAUUGUAAACACCAAUGGCGAACGUAUUCGUAAACGUAAAUCACCCGGACGCAAACCAAAUCCACCUUCAAUCUCGGAACGAAAGGCUCAGAACAGGGCAUCGCAAAAGGCAUUCAGAGAGAGAGAGCAACAACGUCGUCAAGAACAAGAAAAUAUGAAGAACAUGUACCUAGAAGAGAUAGCGCGGCUGAACAAGCGAGUAGAGUUACUGGAGUAUGAGUCAAACUAUCUUAGAGGGUGGGUUCUGCAGUACACAUUGUCAAGUAUUAUGGAAAGAGGCACGGUAGCAGAUAUCUGGACAUCAUCUCGAGAGUUUUUAGAAACAGAAACUCGGCCAGACAAGGGAGAUGAGUCAAAAAAACUCCCUUUUGCGAUAAACUCGCUAUUAAAAGAUAAUCGAGUGAUUGGGUUAAAGAAUGCCAUCAUUACUCGGUCGCCAGGAUAUUGGAAAGGCAAUGAACCAAGUGAGGCAGGAAACAUGAUGUUUAGACCUGAGACACGUUUGGAUCCAGACAUGGCAAAUAUCAACCGACUAGGAGCCAAACUUGCUUCUCCUGAUAAUAGUUCUCAAGAUCUGACAGAACCAGGAAAAACCUGUACAUUAAAGCCUGCCAUUGGCACAAUAACAUCACCACCAACACGUAAAACUGCCGCCGAUCUAGCCCAUAUGCCACCAAUACAGGCUCUACAGAUCAUUAGACUUCAAAUGAAAUGUGGGAAUCUUUGGGGAGAUAAAUUGAAGCACGCUCUGAUUCCAACUGAGCUGCAAAGAACAAUUCCCCAUGAUGCUAGAAUAGAUUUUCUCACUGGAAGCAGUACUCGAGAUAGAUUGAUCAUCUUCCAGGACUACUAUGACACGGACGAAUGCUUCGAGUUUUACUCGAAAUGGUCUAUGUUUAAUGGUGGAAAUAAGUACGAUACUCGAAACUGGGCUGUAACUGGCGGUUUCCCUGAGAGAUAUUGGUUUUUGUCGCACGAAGUGAUUGAAGAUUACUUUUUAGAACGUCACUGGAAAGUCACACAAGACCUAAUGCUGAUCCCAUCAUCACACGAACAAGUACCUCAAAAUAGAGAAAAAAACGAAGAAGAAUGCGAGUUGCUGGCCAACCCCAAACCAUACUAA